CAGUGAACGACGUUUUCUUCCCCUGAUCUUCCGCGGAUGGUAAAAUCGCCAGUUUGGUGCCAGUUUUGCACAGAAAACCGCGCUUAAAAGAAUAAACAAGCUGUGCAAUUUUAAUUAUCUUGGACCGAUCUAUCAUGUUUCCUGUAAAAUCGAACAUUUGAAGAAAUCAGAAGAAUGCCGGCCGGUAUUUCGGCUCUGGCACCGUCGACGGAUACGGGAUUGUUCGAUCAUGAAGCGAAAAAUCCACCAGCUUUCACAAUCCUACAGAAGGAUGGGCUGGAUUCAAGUUUACCGCUUCUUCACGUUAACGAAGACGACGAAAUAAACGCAUUGCGACUCACAAAUUUGGAGAACAUGAAGAACAAUUUCUGCAGUUGCAAAAGGAUCAGCAAGUCUAAUGAACACUUGGUUUUGGCCAGUUUACAAUCAAAUCAAGUCAAUCCUCUGAGAAAGAAAUAUCAGAGCAAGAGUCAGGACAGUUUAAACUCUGAGGAAAGACCAUCUACAGCCAAACCUAGCAUCAUCUUAUCGACGGAGAAUUUCAACGAGGUGCUACAUGCGAAAUUGAAGAAGAUUCAAGAGCAGGCCGAGGCCGAGCAAGGCCGCAAGUUGCUCAAGAAAUCGAUCUCGCCGCAGAAGAAGCCGUUCAUCACGACCGUAAAGACCGGGGAAUUUCUAAUGCCGCCGCCGGAAGUGGCGGCCCUGCUCGGCAUAGCGCCUAGCGGAAACGACGAGGAGACGGCCGAUGGGUGUCUCUUGAAGAGCAGGUUCAGACCGUUGGUGACACUGUUUAAAAGACCGGAAGUACGUCACAAUAGCCACAAUGCCAGAUGCCCGACCGCCCUCAAGGCCACUGUAGACUUCUCUCUCGGCAUGGUGAACGCCACCACCAUCGCAUCGGCUUUGGACGAGCGAGCGAGGAGAUUUAAGAAGAGCGAGGCACCUGAUCAACGAGUUUCUUUCGGGAACAUCAUGUUUGAUCGUCGUGUGGCUCGCGGAAGUAUGUUUGCUUCCAUUCCUGCUCUUAUCGAUGGGGAACAAUCGAUAGCAGCGAGGCAAGCGGAAGCUAGACGAAGACAUGUGGCGAGAAAACGUGCUCAAAUGCAAGCUUGCAGAACGCUUGGCAUAAGAGCGGAUUCGCCUCCUCCGGUUCCUGGAAGGAAACAUGAACCGGUACAAACAGAAAUCUUUCUUGAGGAGUUGGCCGAAAAACCAGAUGAAUCUGAAGUAGCUACGCAAACUGAUUACUUCUUAGAGAAACCGGUAAUUUCAAAAUAUCUUCCGGACAAAGUUGGUCGAGACAUCGGCACUCAAAUUGAACCCGGAGAACUCUUCGAUUUCGACACCGAAGUUCAACCGAUUCUUGAGUUGUUGGUGGGUAAAACUAUCGAGCAAGCUCUAAUCGAGGUCUUAGAAGAAGAAGAAAUUGCUGCUCUCAAAGAGCAACAGAGAAGGUUUCUUGAACUACACGCUGCUGAGAAAGCUGAAGAGCAACGAUUAGCGGAAGAAGAAAGAAGACGUAGAGAAGAGAAGGACCGACAUUUGGCACAACAAGAAGAGGCGAUAAAAAUUCAACAGGAAACCGAAGAACGAGUUGCGGCCGCGGUAUUGUUAACGGGAUACAUUGCCGAACUUUUACCUGCAGUUCUGGAGGGCUUGAAAAUGUCAGGCUAUUUAUUGGAUGAAAUUAAAGCUGAUGUCGAAGAAGGUUUCAUGCCUUGGCUAAUGAAGGAGAUCAAAAAAGAAAUGGGUAAUAUGAUUGAGAGCAGAGAAUUGUUAAUGGAAAUUAUUAGAGAAAUUUUGGAGAACCGCGCGCAAACAUAUAGGCAGUUUGGUGAGGAACAUGAUGCCUCGACAGACAAGAGAUUAAGAGAAAGUGAAGACAAUUUGGAAGAAGGUGGAACUGAUAGCAAUUUCAUGAAUUAUAAAUCAUCUACAACGAAAAAUUAUGAAACAAUUUAGCGUGUACAGACUGAUUAAAACAAAUUUGGACCUGCAUGAUGCUGCACAACGCUCUCCAGACAGAUCAAGGAAUUAAUUAUGUUCCAGAGUGUGUGUAAUUUAUAUGUAGCUCCUGU